AUGACCAAGACUGUUGAUGAAGCUAAGGUUCUUAUUGAGAAUCUUGCAGCUAGUGAUUGUAACAACUGUCCUGAUUAUGACCGCUCAAGCCGCACCACUACUAGCUCCCCUGAUUCUUUUCAAAUGACUGAACUCAAGAACAUGAUGGCUCAAGUUCUUAAGGGACAGCUCAAGCAUAUCAAUGCAAUAGAAGGGAUGAGUGAUGCUAAUGAAGAUUCAUCAAGAGAAUGCAUGGGAGAUUUCUCUAAUGAAGCCAAUGAAGAAGAUGUGAACUACAUUGGAAACUAUGGGAACAAGGGAUACAAUCCAAGCUAUCGCCCAAACCCCAACAUGUCUUAUAGAAACCCCAAUGUGGAGAAUCCUCAAGACCAAGUGUAUCCUCCAAGGUAUCCACAACAACAAAGACCUCCUUACCAAUCUCAAGGAAGUCAAUUUCAGCCAAGGCAAGGAUAUGAGCAGAGAUCAUCAUAUCCGCCCAAGGAGCCAUAUGCUUCUUCACCAAAUCAAGCUCCUCCAAACCAACAAGGUGGGAGAUUUGAAGGAAUCCUCCAACAGAUCAUGGAUGGCCAGAAGAGAAACACUAAAGAGAUGUAUGAGAAGAUGGACACUUUGUUCAGCAAUCUCAACACCAAGUAUGAUGCUGUUGCCACUCAUGUGAAGAAACUAGAGACUCAAGUCACUCAAACUAUGGAAGCUGUUAAGAGACAGGAAGCUGAAUCCAAGAAGUCCUUUUGCAACUCAGCCGCCAUAGAAGAAAGAUUUGAAGACCAAGUUCCAGAAUGGAUGCUUUCAAAACCUACUGUUGAUUGCAUGAUUUGGCCUGAAGAGAAUUACCCAGAGAGAGAGUCCAAUCGAGCUAGAAAGAGAAGACUCUUCCCAAAGAUUAUCCCCAAGACAGAUAACUCAGGAAAGUUUGUGUGCCUUGUAUCAUCAAAGAUUGGAAAUUGCUCUAUCCCUACUGAUUUCCAGAUUGUGGAAAUGAGAGAGAGUAGCCAUAGACCUCUCAUAUUUGGAACCCCUUUCCUGUCUACUGUGGGUGCCAUAUUUGAUUUCCCCAAUCAAAGAAUCUCUUUCAACAAGGUGAACAAGGGUAUGUUCUUCCCUAUGUGUUCAACAAAGAACUCUUUUGUUGACAUGGUCCAAGAGGAGAAAGCUACUUUGAAGCCACCCCAAGAAGGAGAAACUGAAGAAACAAUCAAGGAAGAUCCCAUUCCUAAGCCCAAGCAGCUUGCCAAACAAGCAAGGAGUAAGACUAAGGCCCCUACACCAAAACCGCCCAAGGGAUCAACCAAGAUUGAAGAUGAGGCCAAGCCAAGAAGAAGGUUAGAAAACCUAGGCAGUAGUGCCAAGGGACAUUCAUGGAGAGAUUGUCUAUCCAGCUGUGAAUCACCCACCAGAUACUCAUUGCAAGGAGAAAAGACUUGGAGGAUCAAAGAUGCCUCUUGUCUCCAUCUUCUCCUGAGCGCCAAGCCUUACAGUCAAGCUAAAGACUUAAAACAAGCGCUGCAUGGGAGGCAACCCAUGAGGAUAGAAGGAGAAAAAGGUGUGAAAACACAAUCCGCGCCAAAACAUUGGCCGCGGACGGCGAGCCGGGAAGGAACAAGCCGUGCUCGGCCGGAUUCGCUCACAUCGCGACAGAAACCGUUCGCGCGGCACGCACGAACCGGGAAGAUAGGCCGCGAUCGGCCGAAAUUUUCGUAUCGGAACGGACCGACCGUGCCGGUCGAUCCGGGAAACAACGCUCGGCCUCGGCCGAAAUUCUCGGCCAAAACAAUUUGGCCGACCAAAUCGCUCGACCGCGACAAAUCCAUCGGCCAUCGGCCCAAACUUUUCUAG